AUGAAGCGUUCGGUCGUGCCCGAGGAGUGUCCGAUACCGUCGUGCUCUCACGGACUCUUGUGUCGGGGCCGGCUCGGUGUGAUCCGCCGCCCCCCGCUCCCGCCGCCCGUGCCGGGCGCUCCCGGCAGCGCCGCCCCGCGGGCGGGGCGGGACGGGCGGCGGGGCCGCUGCGCUCCCCUGGGCGGGGCGGGGCGGCUCGAGCACCUCCGUGGGAGCGGCCGCGGGGGCCGGGCUGACCGCAGCAGGUGCUCCCGCCCCCGAGCCCUCGCCACCCCCGCGGGCUCCCGACAGCCUACGCCGCGCGGAAGCGGCGGCUGCGGCGGCUGCUCCACCACCACCACCUGUGGCGGCGGGAUGGCGGAGCUCGACAUCAGCGCGGAGGCAGUGAUGGGCUUCCUGAGGGAGCGCGGCGGGCGGGUGCGCAACACCGAGCUGGUGAGCGCCUUCAGGCCGCUGCUGGAGGCCGGCGGGGCCGGUGCCGAUGCCGGUGCCGGGGAGGCGGAGGGGCGGGCGGCGCGGCGAGAGCGGUUCAAGGCGGCGGUGAACGCCGUGGCCACGGUGAAGGAGAUCGACGGCGUCAAGUUCGUGGUGCUGAAGCAUCAGCGGCGCGCUGCCCCGUCGGCGGGAGGCGAUGCCGGCGCCCCUGUCCCGGUUCCCGUCCCCGACCCGGUUCCCGUCCCCGACCCGGUUCCCGUCCCCGGCCGGGACCCCGCCGGGACGCCCCCCGAGGAGCUGCCGGGGCCGCGGGCGGUGGCCGAGCUGCGGGGCCUGUUCCAGGGCGGCUGCGGGGGGGUGCCCCUGCCCGGCGGCGCGGGGGGGGCCCGGCGGGAGCCGCCGUCCAAGCCCUGCAUGCUGCCCUUGCGCUACGUGCUGCCCCGCGCCGCCCCGGGACCGCCCGAGGAGGCGCCCAGCCCGCUGUCCCCACCGCCGCUGGACGAAGAGGCCGGGUCCCAUUCGCCUGGCGUGCGGAGGGGGGCCAAGAACCACCGGGCCAGCGAGGAGACGGUGGUGCCCCUGGAGCAGGCGGAGCACCAGUGGCUGAUGCUGGCGGCCGACGGGCAGUGGACACAGCAGCUCCACGGGCUCCUCCUGGGCGACUCCAGCCUGGCGGCUCGCAGGGACUUCAUCUCCGGCUUCACCGCCCUGCACUGGGCCGCCAAGAGCGGCAACUGCGACAUGGUGACCAACAUCAUCCGAGCGGCCGAGAAGGGCGGGUCCCGUGUCGAUGUGGAUGCCAGGUCGCAUGGAGGCUACACGGCGCUGCACCUGGCUGCUAUACACGGCCAGGAGAAGAUAAUCACUAUGCUCGUCUAUAGCUACCAUGCCAAGAUUGACCUGAGGGACUACAGUGGGAAGAAGCCGCACCAGUACUUGAAGGAAGGGACGUCCCUUACAAUCAGGCGCUUGCUGGGGGACCCCAGCCUUUCCCAAAACACAGAGCACUCCAUGCCCAUCAAGAAGUCCACAAAGCUUGCGGCUUCAAUCUUGAGCUCCACUAGCACUUUCCUGGGAGUCAUAUCCGAUGACAUGGCUUUCUACGAUCUCACUAAAGGUUUAAGGAAGCCCUCAACCUUAAACAAGCUUCUGACUGCCACUACGGGCCCGAGGAGGAAGCCAAAGACCAGAGGUGGCUUCCCUUCAUAUUCCUCACUCACUGAAGCAGUGGAGGAGGAGGAAGAGGUUAUCGUGAAACGCAGACCUGUUUCUGAGCUGUUCUUUGGCCACUAGCCUCUGCCUUACUGUGAUCAAAGUGGUUUAAUAGCAUGGCUGGUGUCUCAGCUUUCUCUUGCAGAAGCAAUUUGGAUUUUUUCGCUCUGUGUCUGUCUUUUUGGAUGUUUAACUGAAUCAGUGAUAGGGUCUACAUCCAAAGUCCACAGCAUGAAACCCAGCCCCAGGUGCCUAUGGAAAGGGAGCUGCCAGGGAAUGCUAUCCAUGCUGUAUGUACCAUUGUGCUGAUGAUUGUUGAAGAUCACAAACUUUAUACUUAAUGGGUGAAAAACUGAAACAGUUUAUGUGUGUGUGGACAGGUCAAAAUGCCUGAGGUACAGUCUUCUUGAUCUGUGUCCUUCAGCUGGAGAGCAGAAGCAAGGUGAAGGAUUGCAUAUUUUACACUGUGAACAGCAAGGUGGUAGCUGGCUACUUUAACAAGGCUUGUUAUCUAACAGGAUUAAAUUGUCAGAGGAAAGAUACAUAAUUUUCUAUGAUGUUUCUGAUUAUUUUGGUAGCAGAAGAAGGAUAUUUUUAUUUAUAAAAAUAGUAUACUUUUUCAAAACAAAGUUUCUCAUUUAGACAGUUUUUCACUCAGUAUUUCACAUCAGAAAUACUAACUUAACAAUGUCAAUUGUUGCCUGAUGCAUUUUAUUAGAUGAAUUACUUAAAAAGACAGACCCUGACCUUCAGCACUCAAGUCACUAUGACUUGUCUACCUCAGUUUGAAAGCUUGGCUAGUGUUUUUCUCUCUUGCUGGAAGACUUUUUAACCAGGUGGUACUUACCACAUGUCUUGAUGAUACUGUGAACAUUUAAACUUGACUGUAGUUCAAUCAGCUUAAUCUGAACAAAAAACCUUGUUGAUAGUGAAAAACUGAACUGCAAAACUGGGAAUUGGAUCUGUCAGAGUUUCUGAGUAGCCACCUAGAAACAAAGUUAGGCUUGUAUGUCUGAUUCUUUUUGUUUAAAACUUGGCCCAUUUUGACCUAUUUACAAUAAAUAUUUAUAAACAUUGGGCUCUAUGUAAUGCUAGGUGCUUCAUGAUAGAACCUCUGCAUGACCUGUUAAAGCAGUGUUUAUCUCAGCAGCAUGAAUCAUUGACCUAAAAUGAACUCUUCUUCUUUUAUAUGAUAAACAAAAUUGUUUUAUAUAUAGUACACAUAGCUCAGAAAGCAUGCUAACUGUGUGUUAGGUUUGCAGUAAGAUUAUUAUUUUUUUAAUUACUUCAUGGUUAAAAGUUAAUGCAAAGAAGCAGAGCUAUGAACAGAAACUGUCCAACUUUGGGGGCAAGUCUGCUAAACCAGCACGUUUUCUUUAAAACUGUGACUAGAAACCUGUGUCAUUGAGAGGUGCUGAAGGUGAGCACAAUGCUGCACUGGCUCUGUUUGGGUUUCUGCACUGAAACACUAGUUUGCAUGCUUUGCCUUUCCUUCCAAGUCAGUGACUUCAGGAAUGUUUUGGUUUUUUCUGCCUUGCAUUAAACCUAGGACUUGUAAUUGGUUCUAAUUGGCUUGUCCCAAACACUCACAAGGAAUGCUGUAGGGCUGAAGAUGGACGCACUGCCCUCUUUACUACAAAACACAUUCCCUGAAGUUCCUGGCGUUGGUGACAUUUGUUGGGAAUGUGAUUAGAGGUUGAAGCUAGGUCUGAUGCACCUGUUCUAAGUAGAGACUGGAUUAUUCUGCACCGGUCUACUUCUGAAUUGAACUAAUUAAGUUGUUAAGCACAGGUUAAUGAUCAAGCAUCUCAUGACUUCUAUAUCUGGAGUAGUGUUUAAAAAAAAAUAAAAUCCAAUUUGCUCUCUAGCUGUUGGUGUGACCAUUGACCAGCGUGGUCCUUUGAAACCUUGAUUUGUGCUGCACUCUGUCAGCUUGCAGAGUUCUGGGAAAAACAGAGCUCUGUAUUAAAGUGUCUUUCCAAGUGUGCAGACAUAGAAUUUUUUAAAAUUAUUUAUUUUUAAUUUUUUUUUUUUCACUGAAACAACAGAAGUAUGUGUGUGCAUUCAUGUUACCUCUGAGGCACUAACACUGCCUGGUGAAAGUGUUCUCUUUCUGUGGGCAUUGCAAACACUCCCGCAAACUGCUUGGCCUUAUUGAGAAGUUUGUUCAAUGAUUAUGGGUAUAGGCUUGAUAUUUGUUCAAACAACAUUGCUGAACUUAAGUGCUCAUUCAGAGUCAAGCCUACAUGAGCCAGAGGCAGGGUUCAAGGAUGGAGUGUUUUGUGUUUAAAAACCCCACCUGACUAAUCUGGAGAGCAUGGUUGUGAUUUCACCCCUCAGAAAGUAGGGAGAAGGUUUCAUUGCCUCUCUAUUAUUCUGUCAAAGAAGUCACAGCUGAGAUAAGACUUGAUUGCAACAUGUAUCAUCAAGAAAAUUGUGCACUACUCCUUCCUCAAAGGCAUUGAAGUGAUUAGCUGGUGUGAUAGAAAAAUGCCCAGCAGCAAGAGCCCUCUUCUAGCAUUCCUCAGGGAGUGCUGGAGGCUGGGCAGGAGGGUGGUGUCACAAAGGUGGGGAGCUCGCAAAGCUGGGUGUGGGUGGGGUAGGCCGGGCCAGGCUCUGCCAACGAGUUUGUGCAGUGACUCAGCUCAUUCCUCCUUGCUGAGCCACCGAAGGAAAAGAUAGUAUUUUGGCAGGCUGGAAUGAGUACACGGAGUGUGGUACAACUUCAGGUGCAGACCAAUAGUGAGAGGUACUGAGAACGCACUGCUCUAAUCAUACAGGUAUAUGUAGUGCCUUUAGUUUGAAGUAAAACCAGUCCAUCAGCCUGGCUGGGUUUUGGAUUCCAGUGUAACCCUUUAAACUGUAAGAAGUGACAUUGUGGGGUGAUCAUGAGAGUGUUUUCCUGCAAAAGGCUGAAGCAGGACUGUUUUAUGAGCCCCUUGGCUUGACUGGUUCUCCCUAAUUCUCAUUUUCAAGUCCAAAUCUGGCUGAAUGCAGUAGGAUUUUUACCUGAACAAAUGACAAAUGUGAAGUUUAGCCAGGAUGUUUUCACAGGAACAGCUGAGAGGAGGACUGGGUUACCUCAGCACACUGGUCUGGAGCAGGGGCUGUGCCAUGGGCUGGCCAUGCAACAUUUGAAUCCUUGGCCCAGCCCAGAGCUGGGAGUUGCCCAAGGCACCAUCAAAGAUAAUAGCAGGAAAGGUAAAAAACAAACAAACAAAAAUUCCCAACAAACAAACAAACAAAACCCCUCCCCGCCCCCCCCCUCCCCGGCUCUGCUCCUGUCCCCUGGAGAGGGCUUGGUGGUGGGGAAGGAGAUGGAAGGCACAGAUCAGGCACAGGAGCAGGACUCAGCAGCUUGGUGGUAUUUUGCCUUGGUUACUAGCCUGCCCUCUCAGCAUGUCUCAGUUUUCCUGCUAUAAAAUGUAGAUAAUCACCUUGGUCACUUCUUUAAAGCACACAGUCAGUACUGAUAUGCAAAUUGAAAUCAAGAUAAUGUUUUCAGGCCCGUAGGCAGCAUGAGCAGUGUCAUUCCCCCUCUCUGUGAAUGUGCAUUCAGUGGAGCACCUACAUAAAUAAAACUAGCUCAGAUUUUAGUUCAGCAGCACUCGGGAUCAGGAAAGCUACUGUUUGCCUGACCCUGGCUAAGUCUGCCUGCUAAGGAUAACUUAGUUUGUCUGUUCCUUGGCACAUUUUGUUCUGAGGAGUAUCAGCUAUAAAAUCUGCUUUGAAGAGCUCUGCAAACAAACUCUAAACUGCGAUUCUGCACAGAGGGAUAGACUUUGUCCUCCCGGAUGUGGCUGUUUGAGCAGUGUGAGGCAGCAUGGUUGUGGUCAGGCUCACAGAGAUAUUUGGCUGUCCAUUCCUUUGUGAGUGCUGCACAGGAACAUGCACUAUGAAAACCCAGGAAAUGCCGUUCCUGCACUGCAGAAGAGUCUUAAUGAGAUUUCAGCUUCAUCACAAACCCACAGUCCACUGGAAGAGUCAAAGUAACUCCAAAAGACCAGUGGGAGCUGCAGCCACCAGCUGGAGGUAGAGGAAGCGUUUCUAGACAGUCCUCUAAUUCCCCAUUGCUCCCUCUCUUCAUGUUUCCACCAUGACCUACAUUCCUUGGAUGUAUUUGCCUCCUGAUUUGCAUAUUAAUCUGAAUGAAAUGGCAACAUGGCAGUUUUUGCCUUUUCUACUUGUUUGUACUGUUGUGGGACUCCCCAAAUUAAGAGGCUGUUAACAGGGACUUGGCCAGGACGUAGCAUGGGCACACAGCGUGGUGUUUGUUUGCUGCAGGGGAAGAGCAGGGUCAGAGCAGGACAACACAGAUCUCUGCAUCCUAAUGAAGAAUAUUUCUAUUCCAGUUUCAAGGUUUAUUUCAGUAAUUUAUAAGUCAUUAAGCACAUUGAGCCAUUAUACUGUGUAACCCAGAAGCAAGCAAAAUAGAUCUAUACUGUUAAUAUUAGCACAGCUUUAGUACAUCUUCCCUUUCUGUGAAGAAAAAAGAGAUGUGCACAAUAAAAAUUAUGCUGGCAGUGUUCAGCUUUCCUUUUUUCAGUAGAACUUCUGCUCUGUGUUUGUCCCAGGUAGAGCAUUACUCCUUUCCUUCACCUGAAAGCAUGAGUUCUUAGCCAAACCCAAACCAUUUCCCAAGAGGAAAAUCAUCCCCAUCACCUUGAGACCCUCCAGACAAGCUUAGAGACACCAGCUGAGAAGCACAGCAAGCACCAGUCACACCUGACACAAACCAAAUAAUGUUCAUUUCCACUGAAUAGAACCCGAUAACCCAAAUGCAUAAGCCCUUGAUGUGAGGUCAUGGUAUUGAGGGGUCAGGUCUUCUCUGGUGUCCUCACCCACAGGCUCCUGCAUGAGGCAGAUGGUCAUACCGAUAAGAUUCACCAGUAUGGUCACAAUAACAAACUGCAGUGGUACAGACAGACUUUCUUACCAUGACUUUUGUGCUGUAUUUUCUUCCACCACUCUCCCUUAGUAGUUUUCCCCUUUGCAACCAGGAACUACAGCUUCGCUCUAGGCUGGGAUCAGCUCUGGACCAGACCUCUCCAAGCAGCCACUGUGACAUCAGGUGACAUUGACCCUACGCUGAGCAGAGAACAGCUGAAACCCAGAAAGGGGUCUUGGAGGCACCAGCCAUUCUAUCAGGAGCUGGCACAGAGCAGGGCUCUCUGGAGACAUUGUUUCACAAGUGGUUCCCUUUUGAGGUAGUUUGGGAUGUUCUUGCUUUUCCACCAUGGGCUGAGCCCAUUAGAAAGACUUCUGUGUCUUUAUUCAUAUUUUUAGAAAUGUCUCUUAUUCUCUAAAUCAAGACUAUCAGUGCUGCCCAUAUUCUCUCUCUGUGGAUUUAUCUAUGAGAUGACUCAGCUUCAAGGCUUAUGUGGUAUUUUAGAGUUUCUGAUAACCUUUAAUGCCUCCCUUCAUUUAGCAGUGAAAUUCAAAUGCUGCUUCUUGAGAGUCUUUUGUGAACCCCAGAGGUUGCAUGAUUCCUACAGGCUGAUUAUUCUUUAAUGUCUAUGGGGGCUCCCUCCAGGCACAGAAGAUUAGUUUUGCAAUGCUGCUCUGAGUUUAUUUAAAAAAAAAAAAAUUCAGAUAGUUGCCAUGAAUUCUCAAAGCAGAGAGAAAAUCCUAUAUAUUAAAUGCAGUUCUCACAAGCACCAAAUAAUAUCUUUUUUCAGAGUACAUUUGCAUUAACUGCGGCUCCGUUCCUUAAUUAGUUCCACAUGGCGUAACACCCCAGUGAAGAAAAUGAGGCUGGUGUUUAAAACAAAAUAACUUAAAUCCUUCAAUUUAGUCCCUAAAAGGCUGAAACAGCAGCUCCUGGUCCAGCAGUGACUCCCACACGUUUCAGUGGAUGUUAAAUGAAGUUCUAAAGGAGCUACUGUGUCAAAAAUCUCUCAGUUGCUGCCAGGACACCGCUGUCAGACGGGCAGGAUGCGCUGCUGACUGCUCCUGCACCUGCACCACAGGCUCAUGCUCUGCCUCCGGCAAUACAAGCCAUCUUUUUAUCCAAAAAUCAGGCGCCCCUGCUUCUGCCUAACACAACAGAAGCUAUUGCAGAGUCUCUCCCCACGCCACUGGUGUGUGGGUGGCCAAGCGAGAUGCAGAGAUCGUUCCUGGAAUCCCACCAGCUUCCCCCCUCCGGCACCCGCAGGGAGAUCUGGGCGCUUGCAUUUUGCUUCUUUCACCUCUUCCUUCUCAGCACUGCUGUUCUGCACUGUCCUGGAUGCAGCUGUCAUUAAUUCAUAGAGACAGCUCCCCACAAGGCUCCGAUUACAAUUCUCCAUGGAGCUGGGCUCACAUUAUGUUUUUACCUGUGAAAGAAUCAGACUGGCAAGGCAGCAAUAGGAGACUCCCAAGGCUGGGUGGUAGGGGGGAUUUCCUGCCUGCUCUCCCAGAGGGUCAGGUACCAGGCACUUUCUUCAUUCCUUGCAUUUUUCCAUCUCACAGAACCUGACUCCGUUUACACAAGAAGUGUUCAGCAUGGGGGCGUUGCCACGGUGCAGAAGUCUCUGGAAGCUGAUACUUUCCCAGGGCUCUGGUCAGAGGUAGCUCAGUGCCACUGCUGCCAAAGUCACAAAUGGAAGGCUGGUGAGUUAUAUUAUGAGCAGUAAUUAUAUACAAGCACUACACAGGAUUUUGUUUCCAUAAUCCCCGUGGAUCUGCUCCCCCAAGAAGACCACCAGUUACUGCUACUGAGAGUUCAAAUCUUAAAUUUGUCUUCUGAUGGUAAAGGGUCAAAAAAAAUUGUGUGGAGCAGUGUGGGAUCACAGUGCUGUAAAAUGAAGAUGCUCUGCAUUUCUGGCCAUCUUGCCUUCUACGCUGCAUGAGCUGAAGUUGGGGAAAAAGCUGCUAUGUGUUGGUAUGGGGAUGUAAGUAGUGCUCUAAAUACCAAACUUUCAGCAAAAGGCAAUAGGAUUCAAAAGCAUGUGCUUAAACUACUUCUUGGCUUCAGUCUGUAC